UCGCAAGUUGUCAUUGUUCGUCGCUUCGUGAGCCCGUGACACUUUUUUUUACGUGCCAACAACAAAAAAGUAUGAAAUUCGUUUACGGGUCUAUCCUUUUGAUAUGGCUGCUGACUGCAACGGAGUCGGCUUUUUCCCUGAAAAUCAAUUACCUUAGGUUCCUGAAGGUGAGAGCUUUCCGGAUCAUUGACGACUCGGUCGGCAAGAACGAGUGCGCAAACAACCUGAAGAGCUUCGUCGCUGACCUGGCCAAGUUUAAGAACUCCUGGGCCCUGAAGAUGCUGGACGCGUCGGCCAAACCUCAAACGGGUCUGCUGACAGGUAACAUCUACCAGUUUGGUAACUUCGACGAGUGCAUAGCCAUCAAAGCGGAUCGAGGCAAAUAUGGGACCAUUGCGGGUCAAUACUGUACCGUCUUUCUAGUCCCCAGUCAAAACUACAGCGCUGAUUAUAGCCGCUUCUUAAACAUAACAACGCUGACGACAUGGAGCGUCGGCAAGCAACCGAAAGGCUACCAAUACACAAAAAUUCUGAAAAACAUCAAGUCCAACUACGGCAUCUGCAUACCGAAGUCCUGCAAUGCGGAGUCGCUGCAGGAGAUCUGGGACCACUUGGAGCGUUUAUUCAAGCUGCCCGCCCACGCGACCUUCAACAACGAUCUCUGCACCUACAAGGGCAAAGUCGCUCUGACGUAUCCGUUUGAUGGUUACAUUUUCUUGUUUUUCGCCGUGAUAGCUUCUCUGAUUCUACUCAGCACCAUGUACGACCUCCUGGUGCAUCAAUACCUAGACGACCCCGGAAUCAAUGUAUGGGUUAGUUUCUCCGUCUACACUAACCUCAAAAACCUGCUGCGAGUGUCGGAUCCGCCUUCACAUGAUUUACUGUCCUGCGUCGCGGGUCUCAAGGUCAUCAGCAUGCUCUGGGUAGUUCUCGGCCACCGUUACAUCUUCAGCGUACUUGUGGGCAACGUCAACGCCAAUGAGAUAUUUCUAUGGAACUCCAGGGUGGCGUCCACUUUGAUUCUCGCUGCGCCUUUUUCCGUAGACACUUUCUUGCUUCUGAGCGGCCUCCUCCUCUGUCGAGGGUACCUGAAGAGCGUCGCAGCAUCGGGACGCGUCUCAUAUGUAGCGUUUUACGCUCAUAGACUGCUAAGGUUAUGGCCGGGUCUGAUAGCCUGCGUCCUCUUCAACCUAGGAGUGAUAAAGUAUUUGAAUGACGGGCCCUUUUGGGCGACCCUUAUGCAUAAAGCGGUAGGUACUUGUAGGGCCACUUGGUGGGGUACCACAUUUUUUGUCACCAACUUGCUCAGCUACCCGUAUCACUGCAUCGAGCACAGCUGGUACCUUGCGGUAGACAUGCAGCUCUAUACCGCAUCUCCGCUGAUAAUGGUCAACCUGUGCAAGUACCCAAAAGCGACGGCGUUCGCCGCGCUUUGCGCCUGCGCGUUGUCCGCGGUCUACAACUUCGUGACAACGAUGAAGUACCAACUCGGGUGCGACGCGUUCGACUUCGAUAUCGUCUACUUCGAUUACAUCUAUCAGCCCACAUACGCCCGCCUCUGUCCUUGGGUCUUCGGCGUUUUACUCGGUUACGUCCUCUUCAACGUCGAGCAAGUAAAAGUACCUAAAGGUCUGGCGAUGUUGAUGUGGACUUUGGCGUUCACCACGAUAUCCUACUUGAUUUACGUCCACAAUAUAAUCGAGAGCAGACCUUACGAUGACGUAGCCGCGGCCAUUUUCAAUUCCUGCGCAAGGCCCGCGUGGUCCGUCGCCAUCAGCGUUAUCGUCUUCAUGUGUGCGACGGGUAACGGAGGAUUGGUCCAGCGGUUCCUGUCCGCGAAAAUAUUCCGCUUCACUUCGAGGAUUUCUUACAGCGUCUUCCUUGUACACAUAUUUGUCCUCAUGUAUAUCUCGGGUGGUGUUAGAACGAUAUCGUACUUCAGCAACUUCACCGUAAUCUACCAAUACUUCGGUGACCUUUUCUUCAUCUUUGUCGCUGCGCUAGUAUGGUACGCGGCGUUCGAAGCGCCAUUUCUCGUGCUAGCGAAGAUCGUGUUUACGAGUGGUGAGACGAUGUCGCUCAACAUAGCCGUUUCCGGUAGGAAGCUGACGAGACGCCAGAGGAGGAACAGAAAUCUGACCGUGUGCAUAUUGAACGAAAAGAAGUUCUUGUAAAAAAUGAUAAUGAUUAAAUUUGAACGAUUA